AUGUCGGAGAAAUUCCCCGUGCGCAGCAUAGUUUUAGCUAAAGUGAAAGGGUAUCCAGCAUGGCCAGCCAUGGUGCUAGACGAAACGCUUUUACCUUCAAACAUCCAGGCGAGAAAACCUAAACCCAAAGCCAAACUCAAGCCAAAACAACCACUAGAGUCUCCACAGUCUCCACAGUCACCGCAAACACCGCAAACACCACCGUCGCAGCCUCAAGUGGUGCCGAUUAAAUUCUUCAGCGAUGACACCUAUAUCUGGAUAAACCAAAACGAUAUAAAGCAAUUGACCAAGGAUGAGAUUGCCGUUCAUCAGGCUACCAACUCGGCCAAGAGACGUAUCGACCGCGUGCUUGAACGAGCGUUUGAACUAGCGGCCGAUCCACUCGAUAUGGAAGUCUUUAUCAAGUAUGGAUCGAAUGGAAUCGUAGAGGAGGAAGUUGUAGAAAACGACGGCGAUGACGACGAUGAAGAUAAAGAUGAAGGCGAGGAUGGCGAUGAGGGCGAAGAUGAGAGCAGGGAGCUGCUGCUGGAUAUAGUUGUGUUACCACCGAAGAAGAAAUCCAGAAAAAGUGGCACGAGCACCGCCACCAACCCCAAAAGCAAAAGCAAAACGACCCCAAAAACCAAGGCCAUAGAGACCAAAAAAUCACCUCUGAAGAAAACUCAACAACAGAAUGCGAAACGUGAAGCGGCUGAGAAAAAGAAAGAAGAAGAACUUCGAAUGCUAGCUGAAUACGACUCAGACUGGGGGAUCGACGACUUUAAUCAAUACAACGAAGACACCGGUGAUUACAUUUACGAUUUCGAAAAUCAGCAGGAGAGCGUGAUGAACAAGGUACCGGAGGCCGGCUCGAUUGGAGACGAGUACGACAAAGCCAUGGCCAAGUUUAAGAAAUGGCAAGAGGUCAUCGUGGAGGAAUUGUUGGCGCUAGAAGAUGAGGAUAACGAGGCCGACUAUGAAGCACUCGACAAGGCCUUGGGCCAAUUUGACUCUGGGUAUAAGAAUUUACCCAGAUCAAUUGUGAAUAAGAGCAUGUUGCUCCGCGCACUCAUUCUAUCUCAAAGAAAGCAAGUGGAGCUGCACAAGAAGAAUGGUGGGAAACUCGCUGGCAUCAAGCGUCAUAUUGGUGCCAUUUUGAAGAAAUUGGGCCUCGAAGUGCGUGAAAACACCAAGGAGGAGUUGGAAGCGUUGAAUGGCGACACCGAUUCAACUUCGAAAGUGUCUACCCCUGACCCAGACUCUAGAGGCUCAACCGCUGCCGCUGCUGCUACUGCUGCUACUGCCUCUGUGGACUCUGCGGAUACCACCUCACCUUUGAAACACGAGAUUGUCAAUGGUGAUUAA